AUGAGGAAAUUGGCUGAGAUGACGAAAGAUGCAGGUGAGGAGAGUGAGGAAUCAAAAGGUCUAUGUGCUUUUCGGGUUGGAUUUAUUUCUGAAGCACAUGGAUGUCUAGCUGAAAUCUAUUCUGGUGGAAGAAUGAAAGAAUUGCUUGCACAAGGAGUUUCACAAAGUCGUUAUCAUGAAAAGACUCAAGAACAGAAAAGGUUGGAGAGAAGAAGGCUGAUGCCAUAUCAUAUGCAUAUAAAUCUAGAGCUCUUGGAAUCAGUGCAUCUUGCAUCUGCUAUGUUGCUGGGAGUUCCCAACAUGGCUGCCAAUGUUCAUGAAGCAAAGCGGAGGAUCAUCAGUAAGAAUUUCGGUCUCUUGCUUGGGGUCAAUGAGAAACAAACACUUCACGAUCCGUUCGAAUAA